CCAAUGCCUGGAACAAAUUACACUUUGGUGACCACCUUCAUUCUUUUUGGACUCACAGAACACCUGGAAAUGCAUCAAUUGCUCUUUGCAACAUUUUUAAUUGUCUAUAUUGCCACUCUGCUGGGGAAUCUUGGGAUGGUUUUAUUAAUUUGGAUUGUUCCCCAGUUACACCCCAUGUACUUCUUUAUUAGCAGCCUAUCCUUUUUAGAUGCCUGUUAUUCCACCACCAUCAUACCUGUAAUGCUAGUGACCUUUUUAGUGGGAAAGAAAACCAUAUAUUAUGCUUCCUGUAUCACACAGUAUUGUUUCUUUGCAAUAUUUGUCACAACUGAGUUCUUCCUAUUGGCUGCAAUGGCAUACGAUCGCUACGUGGCCAUCUGCAACCCUUUGAUGACUAAGAGGCUUUGUUCUGGAUUGACAGCUGGCUCAUAUCUAUGGGGAGUUGUAAACUCUAUGAUUCACACUUGCAGUUUGUUAAGGUUGGCCUUUUGUGGGUCCAGCAGCAUCAAUCUUUUUUGCAAUGUCACCUCGUUUUUGAAACUGGCUUGCAAUGACGUCUCUAUGAAUGUGAUGCUGAUGUUCGUUUUUGGCAGUUUGUUUGAAAUGAGCACCUUGCUGAUCAUUAUUACCUCUUAUAUAUUCAUUAUUACUGCAGUUCUAAGGAUUCACUCCACAGAAGGGAGGCAUAAAGCAUUUUCUACCUGUGCAUCCCAUCCCACAGCAGUGGCCAUAUAUCAUGGAACUAUUCUCUUCAUGUACUUCCGGCCCACUUCUAGCUAUUCCCUUGACAGUGACAAAACAGCAUCUGUGUUCUACACAGUAAUAAUACCCCUGUUGAAUCCAUUGAUCUACCGUCUGAGGAAUAAGGAUGUAAAAUAUACUGUGAAAAAAGUGUUUGGAAGAGAACUGGGCUUCCAGUAA